GAUAUUACGUGUGCGCAGCGGGAUAUCUUUCGCGUCCUGCGCGGUAUUCGUCAGACGCGAGCCGCACCCCGGGACCCGACAGUCAUGAAGGCAGCUUUCGGCGUGGUUGUUCUUCUCGCCUGCGCACUCCAGUGGCCCCGAGGCAUUUUGGCCGUCGAAGAAUGCGAUCUUCGAGGUGCUGCGAAAUGCUUCAAAAAGCUGUUCGAUGUCAUGAAUGACAACAUGCCCCACCUGGCACAGGAAGAGGAGAGCGCUCUGGACGGUCAGAUCGACAUCCUCAUUGGUCAUCUCCCCGCCCAACCGGACUGCUUCGGACCGUCGGAGCAGUGCGCGACUGCGGCCGAGAAAGAAUACUUUACUCGGGCAAGGCUGAACUACGAGAAGUUCCGCCAAGAAAUCGUGCACGAGAGUUCCUUCAAAGAGCUGAUUAGAGCUUUCAAGUGCUACGACGGCGAGCGUUUCAAGGCCUGCGUGUCCAAAAUUAUCCUGAAUUUCUUCUCCGUGCCCCUGAAGACGUCGAAGGCUGGCAUCAAGGAACUUACCGAUGCCGCCGUCGAGGCCACGCGGACCUGCCUGGUGCCCCAGGGAACGUGUCCCGAGUCGGCCAAGCCAGGCAAGGAGGUCGCCGAGAAGCUGCUCGCCGCCUUCCAGGACGCCUGGAGCAAAGACGUCAACGGGGUGCCAGCUCCCGGCUCUUCCCUCGGAGUAGUGGCGCUGGUGCUCGUCCCGCUGGCGGCGCACAGGCUCCUCUGAAUGGCUCGUGGGGAAAUUCCCUCGGUGAAUUGGGAGCGGUCUUGGAGCGCGUCAGCUUAUAUUGCCUGGGUGCUUACAGCCGUCUUUGGUUUGGAUGGUCGCCAUUAUAACUGGACUGGUUUCGCGAAGCCGCGGUGCAGUUCCCGCAGUGCUCUUUCGCUCCAUUCGUUCCCUGGUUACGUCCACUUUCCCGCUUACGUAUAGGGAAACAGUCGCCUCGCACUCUUCCAAGAACGCGCCGCGAAGAGGUGUGGACCGAGCGGCCAUGGCACAACGUAUACGCGACAGCGUACCGAGGCCCAGAGACGACGCGGUUUGCGGCUGCGCGAAACCGCCGACACCCUGGAGAAAAAAAAAAUUGGCUCUUCUAAGACAAUAGAGGAACCGUUGGCGGCGAUCAAGGUGAGUUGUGGUGGCUGCGUUUGAAACCGCUGACGCCUGGGAGGACUGACCAAAUUCCCGAGCACCACGGUUUGCGGGCCGUUGCGAGGUGGGAUGCGCCAUCUUUCGCCGGGUUAGAACCCCUGCACGAAACGCUAUACGCGUUUCGUCGAGAUUCAGCGUAGCGACAAGAGCUACUGUGGCAUAAUUUGUUUUGUUUGUGUCUUCUUGGUUGUGCGAGCGCGCACUUGCGUCUACCGCACUAAAGGUGCGAGCUCUUUUGGGGCGCUCUAAAUUCACCGAGGGAAUAUAAAGUCCGUUACUCCGCGCGGGGACUCCUUUGUUUAGUCUUCAGAUUUCUAUUAAAGCAAAAUGAAUACGGGACCGUAAAUACCUUUCUAACUCCAAGUUUCCCCUCGUUGAUUGUGACUAGGGUUCUGUGUUUUCGGUAGAUUCCAAUAAACCCCGGUAAAUAACCCCCGACAGGGUUUUUAUUAAAACCGUGCAAAACCGAACAACCCUGAAUUAGAUGCAUAUUGUUGGGCUAGUUGGUACUGGGAAUUUGACGUCAUGAUUGCGCUUAAGAAGAGGACAAAAGGGAGACUAGACAACACGGUGCGCUCCGUGUUGUCUAGUCUCCCUUUUGUCCUCGUCUUAAGCGCCAUCAUGACGUGAAAUUCCCAGAAUUAGAGCUGUCCUCGAAUAAAAACUACGCAAGCUU